AUGGGAGGAAACUUCGUGUUUGGUGAUAAGGAACAUACCCACACUCCACCGCAUUAUUUCAGAAACAUUGAUGGUAGUUGGUGUUCCUACUCCCUACUCUUAAGGAGAGGUGGCAAUAUUCUACAUUUCAAUGGCUACACGUUUAAUCAACGCCAUAAAUGCGCCGGAGAGAGAACGACAUGGUGCUGUACAAACUACUAUAAUACUUUGUCCUGUCCUGUCAAGAUUAAAACAAUAGAUACAAAAUGGCCCCUCAAAAAAAAGAAACUUACGAGAGAACAGACACUUGAGAAAAAAAGAGAAGCAGAACGUCGACGUUACGAACGAAUAAAAAAUGAUCCAAUAAAAAGGCAAGAAAUGAAGGAAAGAGAACAUCUUAAUUAUUUGAAGAAGAAAGAGAAAGGUGAAGGAAGUGGCUCUCUGCACUUAGUUAUUAGUGGUGUAACUUCAGAAGCAUACAUAGCUAAUGAUUCCGAUGAUGAUGUUAUUGAAGUUGUUCGAGAUGAAGAAGCACCCAUUGAAAUACUAUCAGAUGGUGAAGAACUUGAACGUGAAAAGUCCAAGCUAGCCACUUCAUCAUAUGAAUUUCACUUCGCUGAUUUGCCAAUUGGCCCAGAAAACGCAACAGAUGUUUUCGAAAAUUCGAAAGACACGUUACAAGAUCCGCUCACGAACUCUGCUAUAGAUCGCGAAACAUCCAUAAACGUAACGGAUUGUAAUAAGACUAUUUCGCACGGUAAAAGUCCUGAACAAAAAAAAGAUGAAGAUUACAAUGAUAAAGAAGGUGAUGAUGUUAAGGGUAAUAACACUUAUAUAAACGUUACAGACCCCGUAUUAAACGAUUACGAUGAACAACCAUCUAAUCAAGAAAACACACAAACAAAACCACUUCUUUCAGAUAAUAUUAGUUCUGACAAUAUUAACACUCCUAAUGAAGGUUCUAAUGAUCAUACGAAUAAAAGUGAACCUCUAUCUUAA